AUGCGGUUAGUUUGCCGACAUAAAAGAGGAGAACAUUGAUAUUUUAACGGCAUUGUGCAAGAACUUUUGGCGAGGGUAACACGUUCACGAUGAAGUUGGAGUUAAUUUUUUGUGCAAUCUGUAUAAUUGGCUCACGAGCAGCUAAUUUACCAUCAUAUAUUACGCCAUGCUCAAGGAGCCUGCCCAUCAACGAGCUGACGGAAUGCGUUACGACGGAGGCUCGAAGGAUCCAGCCUGAGUUCGCAAAAGGCAUCCCAGAGUUUGGUCUACAACCCAUCGACCCUCUGCCACUCGAUGACAUAGUGGCCAACGCGGGAACUUUCGUCAUAAGGAGCAAAAACUUACUUUUGAAAGGAUUGAAGAAAAUGGAGAUUCGUGAAGUCAAAUUCAACUUGGACAAAAACACCGGCUCCAUGAAGCUGUUCGGCAACAUGACCUUCGUGGGUGACUACGAGACUGAUGGCGCUAUCGUCCUCAUACCUAUCAAAGGAAAUGGGAAAAUUUCCGUCAAAUGCUUGGAUACCAACAUCCUAAUCAAGUAUAAGCUCCGGAAAAUCAAGGACGCCAAUGGAGUAGAACACCUCGAGACGUACGAUCUCAAGCAGACUGAGCAAUACGGGCGUGUGGUGUUCCAUCUCACCAACUUACCGGGUGGAGAAGCUAUCGGAAACACGAUAAACCAGGUGAUGAAUGACAACUGGAAGGACCUGAUCAAGCAGCUGGGGCCGCCGUACACCAAGGCUACUGCCACCAAGGUCCACGAAGUUAUUAACAAGCUUUAUUCUAAUGUUCCAUUUGACCAACUGUUCGCGUUAUAAGUUCAAGCAAUAUUAGCAUUAAGGUGCGUCCAGAUGUGUCAAAAGCGAGCCGCCAUUCACAA